AUGCCGGAGGCAGCUUACCAUGGAUCACAACAGCUUUUUGCAGAAGUCGAAGACUCCGUCCCCAAAGACAUGCCUCCACUGGAAGUGACGGGACACCUCGCAGACCGUGACGUUCCCCCAGAAGGCGUCGUCUACGAGACGGAGGGAGACACGAUCAAAGCACUGCGGAAGUUCGGUCCAGAGCAUGGUGAUAAUGUAAUUCGCUGCAACCGUCAGAAGCUACGGGAAUGGUUCCUCACCAACGUCAACAUCCACUGGGGCAAGCACUUCUCCCACUACGAGGGCGGCGCCGAAGGCGAAGGAGUCGUCGUCACCUUCAGAGACGGCUCUUCGUACCAUGGCGACAUCCUCGUGGCCGGCGAUGGCACUCACAGCAAAGUCCGAAACCAGUUGUUGCCGGAUCCAACUUUCAGGCCACAGCCCAUUCCCAGGGGAGUGAUCGUCGGCGGUCUGACAGCGACCAGGGAGCAAUACAUGAGAUGGAUGAAAUAUGGAAAGUCUUACUACACCUUGGCCGACCCCAAUAUCCGCCUGACAGUGUCGAUGAAGUGGAUUUCCGAGGACCAAGAGAGUGCGGAGUACGUCUGGCUAUACGGAUGGGCCGACAAGGGUGCCAUCCAUGAAAAGUUCUGGACUUCCACCGCAUCGAGAGAGGAGCUGAGCCAGUACGUCCUCAGCAACCUGAACGGGUUCUCCGCAGAACUAUUUGCAUCCUCCCUUGAGGAUGCGCGACAUGCUUCCUCCACAAAUCCCACGCGGCAGAGUGACGUUGAUGGGAGAUUCGAGUCAUCCGAUGACUUCAUGCAAGCAUUUUCCGUGGGCGAUGACAGUACAUAUGCUGACUCUGAGAUAGUCCGAGGCCAAGGCGGCAACAUGGCCAUGCUCGACGGUCUCCGCCUAGCGACAGUCAUCAGCAGAUCAGCCGGUGCGCCAAUUGAGGAUGUUUUGAAAGAGUACGAAAUUGAGAUGAACGAGCGCGGUACCAAGGCUGUGCUGGCUUCGCGAGCUGCAAUUCCAACAGGAGACCCAUCGUGGACUGCCACGAAAUCGGGACAGGUCUGGCAAAAUCCGAAGGAGCGCAAGAACAUUGCUGGCGAGCAGGUGCCUACCGGUUGA